AUGCUUUCCCCCGCGUCAGCAGUAGUUGCAGCCGUGGUGGUAUUGGUCUCCUUCGUCAUUUUCACGCCUUCCUUACCCGGCUAUGCCGUGCGAGCAGUCCUUCAGGGGCUAGGAUACCUCAACCAGAAAAAGUCAGAAGCUAGAAGGGCGCUGAUACGAGCUCGUGUGCGUGUCGAGGAGGAAGAUUACAGAUCGCGGAAGGCCAGACCAACAGCUGGCCAGAAGGUAGAAGAGGAAGAUUGGGAGACGGUUGACAAAGAUGGAGGAGAUGGCGGAGGGAGCUCACCAGUGUCCAGUGGUAAUGGAAGAAAUUGCAGUGACUGGGCCGGUAUAGUGGGGUUCUUUCACCCGUUCUGCAACGCUGGAGGAGGUGGUGAAAGAGUACUUUGGGCAGCUGUAGAUGCUGUUCAAAAAAGAUGGCCGAAGGCAAUUUGUGUUGUAUACACAGGCGAUCACGACGUGGAUAAAGCUACAAUGUUGAGAAACAUAGAGAGACGGUUCAAUAUUCAGCUACAUCCACCUACGGUCGUGUUCCUAUACCUAUCUAUGCGAAGAUACGUUUUAAGUAGCACAUGGCCUCAUUUCACCCUCCUUGGACAAUCGAUAGGCUCGCUGAUCCUCGCACACGAUGCGUUUACUCUUAUCGUUCCCGAUAUAUUCAUUGAUACAAUGGGCUAUGCUUUUGCCUCGGCGCUAUGUCAUUAUCUUUUCCCCAAAGUUCCCACAGGGUCGUACGUGCAUUACCCUACUAUAUCAACUGACAUGUUAGAAUCCCUAGAUGACGCAUCAGGCUCCAAAGGUCUGAAUUCAGGCACGGGGAAAGGGUGGAAAGGAAUUCUCAAAAAACGGUACUGGCACGCGUUUGCGCGACUAUACGGUUGGGUAGGAUCGACAAUUGACGUUGUUAUGUGCAAUUCAACCUGGACAUCUGAACACAUCCAACAACUUUGGCUACCGUCAAGGCAAAAACGUGGAAAUCAAUACCAACCUGCCAGCGUAGUUUUUCCUCCUGUUGCAGUAUCCGAACUAGAGUCAAUAAAAAUUGACCUCAGAAGCGAGCGAGAAGUCAGACAGCCUAUCAUUCUUUACAUAGCUCAGUUUCGCCCUGAGAAGAAUCAUUCUCUCAUCCUACAUGCGUUUGCGCGGUUCUUAAAGGAAUACAAUGCAACAGCUCAGAGAAGAAGGGCCAAGGACCCCAAAGCUAGCUGUGACGGUGACGGUCCCUCCGAAUCGCCUCAGCUCAUCCUUAUCGGCUCAGUCCGCCACCAGACAUCGGAUGAAACCCAUAUAUACAAUCUACGCCUCUUAGCUCACGAAUUACGAAUCCGUGACAACACUACUUUCCUCUGUGACGCCAAUUGGCCGACUGUCAUAGAAAACCUUAGAAAGGCAUCCAUUGGCGUCAAUGCUAUGUGGAACGAGCACUUUGGUAUUGGGGUGGUAGAGUACCAGGCUGCUGGCCUAAUCAGCGUUGUGCAUGACUCCGGAGGGCCAAAGCGAGAUAUUGUUGUAGACUUGGAUGACGAAGGGGCCACUGGCUUUCAUGCUACGACUGAAGUUGAGUUCGCAGCUGCGUUUGAGGCUGCAUUGGCCCUGCCGGAAGCAGAGAAACUUGCUAUGAGACUAAGAGCGAGGAAGUCUGCACAACGAUUUUCUGGGGAGCAAUUUGAGCAGAAAUGGCUAAGCGAGAUGGAGAAGCUGGUUGACCUACAGAUAAAACGCACUGAGCGCACUGGUAACACAUAG